AUGGCCUCCCUCUCCGAGCUCGCCUACAUCUACUCGGCCCUCAUUCUGCAUAAUGAUAAAAUCAAUGCCCUCAUUAAAGCAGCUGGUGUAAAUGUUGAACCUUUCUGGCCUGGCGUGUUUGCAAAGGCCCUAGCCAAUGUCAGCAUUGGGAACCCCAUCUGCAGUGUAAGGGCUGGUGGACUUGCAGCAGCUGGAGAUCCUACCCCCUCCACUGCUGCUGCUUCAGUUGAGAAGAAAGUGGAAGCAAAGAAAGAAGAAUCCGAGGAAUCUGAUGAGGACAUGGGCUUUGGUCUUUUUGACUAA